AUGAUGGUUCUUGCCCACCCCCCACACGCCGUUCCUCCCCAUUCUUCAUGGGGGGGAGGACCACACCAACAACUUGAAACUAGUAUGGAAGAGGAUGAACUUCAAGAUAUCUGUGAUCAUGUCCAACUCCACUCUAGUCAAAUGAUACCAACCGUAGAAGCUCGCCCAAAUGUUCCCAAAGAGGUGCAAUCACCGCCCCCACCAUCCUCUGUCCAAGAACAAGAAGACCAGGAGCGGCAGGAGCAGGAGCAGGUUUCCUCACCGCAAGAUAAUGAGAAUGGUGCUGAUGAUGAUGAUGAUGACGAUGACGACGACGACGACACGCCACUUUCGGAAGACCAAGCCCGAUUUUGUGCCGUCAAGCGAGAAGCCAUUCUGUUAUUGUCAGGCGCUCACAAGUCUUGCAGCGGUGCCGAGCGAAUAAAGGCCAUGACUCUACUCGGAGCGCUCUACAAGGCCGAAACCAAGCAUGAUUUGGCCGUGUUGGGAGAAAAGAUUCAAGAACUUUUGCAACAGAAAAGGGAGCAAGACGAAGAAACUUUGCGACAAAAGCAAGAAGAGGCCAACAAUCGAACCCCCGAACGAUUUUCGCGGAUUCGGUCGGGCCUCACUCGCAUGAUGCAGCCAAACUCCUCGGAUGUUGCCAGUGUGGCAUCUCAGCCAUGUCCACGAAGAAACGCAAGGCAAGACAAUAAUAACAAUGGCCGAGGCUGGAGAUUCUUUUGGCAACGCGGCGAUGCCAAUGAAGGCCGACGAAGACAGAGACAUUCCCACGAUGGCAUUCAUGGCCUUCAGGUGGCAACAGCUAGUGCAAAUGCAGGUCGCAAUGCUCGCAUGCAAAGUCUGUCGGAACGACGAAAGAUUUGGGAUACUAGAACAAUCUAA